CCGGACGGAAGCGGAAGGCAAAGGCUUCUCGACAAACAAUCUAAGCAGAUAGUACAUAUUCAGAACCUGGACACUACAAGAAGCACAAGUCCUCGAAAUACCUGCCAUUGAAGAGACGAAUAAUGUCGACCCCCGGAAUUCAAUCCACAAUCUCAGCCACAGCAACGGCCGCCUGCGCUUUCUCCUCCACAAUCAAACACCUUGGCUUCAAUUUUCCCGUUUCCCGAAAUUUCUCCUUUGUCGCCAACAAUGGGAGCCGACUGAGACGCCAUGGAACUAAAAGGAACCUCACUCUCGCAAUGUCUUCUUCCCCCUCUAAUCCUUUUGAAGUCUGCGUCAAAGCCUCCAUCACCACACCAAACAGGCUCGGCGACUGCCCUUUUUGCCAAAGAGUGUUGCUGACUAUGGAGGAAAAGCAUGUCCCUUAUGACAUGAAGUUAAUUGAUUUGGCAAACAAGCCGGAAUGGUUCUUACAAAUUAGCCCAGAAGGAAAAGUUCCAGUUGCUAGACUCGAUGAGAAGUGGAUUCCAGAUUCAGACGUUAUUACUCAGUCACUAGAAGAGAAGUUUCCAGAGCCACCACUGCGUACCCCUCCUGAGAAGGCUUCAGUUGGGUCAAAGAUCUUUUCCACAUUUAUUGGUUUUCUUAAGAGCAAAGACCCCAAUGAUGGAACAGAGCAGGCACUACUCAAUGAGCUGAGUUUUUUCAACAACCAUAUAAAAGAAAACGGACCUUUCAUCAAUGGGCGAAAGGUUUCCUCUGCAGAUUUGUCCCUUGGACCAAAGCUAUAUCAUCUGGAGAUUGCUUUGGGCCAUUAUAAGAAAUGGUCAGUUCCAGAUUCACUCCCACAUUUGAAGUCUUACAUGGAGGCAAUUUUCUCUAUGGAUUCAUUUGUUAAAACUCGUGCACUCCCGGAGGAUGUCAUUGCUGGGUGGCGCCCAAAAGUCAUUGGUUGAUGUCUGUCUACCGUAGCUCAAGCCUCAAUGCAACUCAUUUUACUUGGGAAGAAUUCUGGUAUCUACCCUGAUCCCCAGAAUUUGAUGUAAAGUAGAGCAUAAUACAAUAAAUCAUGUGAACUUCACAAAAUGUUAAUUUGGCCUCGAAAUCAGAUAAAAGAAAAUAGUGUCACCAAAAUAGAGCGAGGAUGAGAAAAAUAUGUAUACUUAUCAGUGUAAUGUAAAGUAAAUGGUCUGUUGCAAUCCUUCUUGUGAUCUGAUUUCCUACAAAGCGAUAGACCUUGGAAUGACAAGAAUUUUACCCUAUA